AUGCCGCCUCGAUCUUCCUUAACGUCCUCUUUCUCAAUUACAGACUCUAACAAUGAAGUGGUCUGUCCCCUUCGAAACCAAGAUGGCUCCAGCUGUCGCAAGAGGUGUAUCGGGGAAAAGAGAUAUCGUUCAAUGCAGGAACAUAUCCGUCGAGCACACCCCGAACACUACAUUUCCAAGCUUCCGGCGACCGAAGAGAGCUUCCUGCUAAUGAUCAAUACCCCACCGUCGGAGCGUCGCCAUCCCGAUCAGACCUCAGCUCCAACAGCUCAGGGUUUGUCCCACUCUCAGCCCGGCUUGCCCCCGCCCGUUGACCACCUUCAAGGCUUUCACGAGCGACACAAUUAUCACCGCGACGAGUCCAGCAACCCAGGAACUCCCCGUCGUGUGGAGGACCUCAGCGGUGCUGGACCUCCGUCUGGUCCUAUGCUUGGCACUGCCAGUGCAGCAGCCGCCCUGGCUGAGCUGCAUGGCGUCAAAAGUGAGCGGGACAUGGAUUUCGAUAGUGAAUAUUAUUCAGAUAUGGAUGCUCGGCGAAGGCCGCGAACGUCAAUUGAAUUGCCGCCUCUCAACCUCUCGAAUCACGAUAUCACCAGCGACCCUUAUUCCUCGGCCAAGUCCAACAGACAGCGCGACUUUCUUCCAUCUAUCCUCGCAAACUCACCUCCCGGGAGAUCAUCAACCCUUCCACCUCUCCAACGCCCCCUUGGUCCUAGCCGUCCCCGCAAACAGUCAGUAACAAAGCGAGGAAGGGAGGCUCACCAUAAAAAGAAGAAUUCGAGAGGAUCCGCAACCGACUGGCUGCGGAGAAUCCAGAAUGAAGAGCGAUACAGACCAGGGAACGAUAGAAAAGCCAUUUCUGUCGAACCCUCUACAGAUUUCGGGAAAAGAUGGGAAGAUCUCAUCGACGCAGCUGAUCAGGCUGCCUCUGCUGCUGGAGAUAUUGAUGAAGAUCGAACUCCUGUCCCGCAGUCUCCGGUCUCAAUGCACAGGGCAUCUUUGCCUCCAUUUUCCCACCAAACGCAAUUCCAACCUGGCAACUACCAAGCCUCACCUCUCCAACAGGCUCUCACACCUCCAUCUUAUGGUCAAGAUGCUGUAGAGCCAUUCCCAUCUGUUGAGAGUGGUGAGAGCGGCGAAAACUUUCACAUUGGGUCCCGGGGGCUUUCUGAUUCUUCACCGACAUACUCGGCCCAGAACAUUCAGAUUUAUUGUGCCGCUUGUCAGGGCUUCUCCCUGCUCAAGGACUCAUACGCAUGCACUGAGUGUAUCUGCGGCCUCUGCCCGACUUGUGUCGAGGUGCUCAUGGCCGAGCAUGGAGCACGAAGGAAGUGUCCCCGCUGCGCUACAAUCGGCGGACGGUUCAAGCCUUUCCAGCUCGACAUUAGAUAA